AAAACUUCUCAGACAAGAGCUUCUCUUUUCAAGGUUAAGAAGAUCACUUAGCGCAUAGACAUAAAGGCUAACCCUUCAAAGCUCGACGAGUCUGUCGCUUAUAGUUAUUUAUGAAUAACCUGUUCAAGAACAGGUGCUAAAACGCAAGAACUCUACGAGCAGUGUUGUCCUUGAUGUCUGAAGGUCAGAAUGACCCAGACUCCUCUCGGGAGCAGCAUGUAAUGUGCGUUGCUGUCGUGUCAAACUUGGAAAGUGUUUGUUCGUGACUUGCGUUCUCAUUUAAGGCACAAAGUCCUGCGGGAAGGUGCCAGAGCUGCCGUAAUAGCGCUCGUGCUGAUGCUUCUGUAGAAAUGAGAUGUGUUUCAGAGCCAGUCUGAUGUUGUGGAGAGGUCCGAGGAUUACUAACCGCGCGUCACGCGCAUGCAGUGUCGAAUAAAUAGGCGAUUUACGCUUUGAGUAGCAGCAAAUAAAACAUCGCCUCCGGAAAGGUCAUCGUGAUCCUUCAAUUAGAUUUUAUUAUUAUUAUUAUUUUUUAAUUUUUUUUUAAUAGACAUAUUUGUGAGCUGAUUUUGGAGGAGUGAGGACGCAUCUGACGUCGAGGAAAUUUAGUUGCGUGGAGAUUUUGGAUACUGUUGCAUAUCUCGUUUCUUUUACAAGGAGCAGUUUCUCUGAGAGUGACAGAGCUCUUUGGGUUGAGGACUUAAACACUGGGGCUGAUGGCGGCUUCCUCCUCCUCCUCCUCCUCCUCCUCCUCUGGCGGCGAUCCGGAUCCCAACUCGACAAAUUUACGGCCACCCUCCUCAAACUAUGACUGGAGUGAAGUCGCUCAUGGAUGCACGAGGAAACUUGGAAUGAAGAUAUGCGGAUUUUUGCAGAAGAAUAAUAAUGUUGACGACAAGAGUCGAAUUGUCGGGUUUUUUAACGAACAGCAGCCCAAGAGCAUUUUAACGCGGGACAACGAGCGAGACCCUCGCUUCAGACGCACAGAGACGGACUUCUCCAAUCUGUAUGCGAGAGAUCUGCUUCCUGCUAAAAAUGGUGAGGAGUAUACAAUGCAGUUCCUGUUGGAGGUGGUGGACAUCCUCACUAACUAUGUGCGCAAGACCUUCGACAGAUCCACAAAAGUGCUGGACUUCCAUCAUCCGCACCAGCUGCUGGAGGGAAUGGAGGGCUUCAACUUAGAGCUGUGUGAUCAGCCGGAGAGUCUGGAGCAGAUCCUGGUGGACUGCAGGGACACGCUCAAAUACGGCGUCCGCACGGGUCAUCCAAGGUUUUUUAACCAGCUGUCUUCAGGUCUAGACAUCAUUGGUUUAGCUGGAGAGUGGCUGACCUCUACUGCCAACACCAACAUGUUCACAUAUGAGAUUGCACCGGUGUUUGUACUGAUGGAACAGCUCACCCUGAAGAAAAUGAGAGAGAUCAUUGGCUGGCCAAAUGGAGAGGGCGAUGGCAUUUUCUCACCAGGAGGAGCGAUCUCAAACAUGUACAGCGUGAUGGUGGCACGGUAUAAACACUACCCUGAGGUUAAAAUCAAAGGCAUGGCAGCGGCUCCCAGACUGGUGCUGUUCACCUCUGAACAUAGUCACUACUCUAUAAAGAAGGCCAGUGCAGUGCUGGGUUUCGGCACAGAGAAUCUGAUCUUGCUGAAGACAGAUGAGAGAGGUAGAGUGAUUCCGGCUGAUCUGGAAGCCAAAGUCAUUGAUGCCAAACAGAAGGGGUUUGUGCCAGUGUUUGUGAACGCUACAGCUGGAUCUACAGUGUACGGAGCCUUUGAUCCAAUCAAUGAGAUUGCUGACAUCUGUGAGAAAUACAACAUUUGGCUUCAUGUGGAUGGAGCAUGGGGUGGAGGUUUGCUGAUGUCUAGAAAACACAGACACAAGCUGAAUGGCGUAGAGAGAGCAAACUCUGUCACAUGGAACCCACACAAGAUGAUGGGUGUUCCACUACAGUGCUCCGCCAUUCUGGUCCGAGAGAAGGGUCUUCUUCAGGGCUGUAACUCCAUGUGUGCAGGAUAUCUCUUUCAGCCGGAUAAGCAGUAUGAUGUCACCUAUGACACAGGGGACAAGGCCAUACAGUGUGGCCGCCAUGUAGACAUCUUCAAAUUCUGGCUCAUGUGGAAGUCAAAGGGCACUAUAGGCUUUGAGAAGCACAUUGACAGAUGUCUGGAGCUGUCUGAGUAUCUCUACCACAAGAUAAAGAACCGAGAAGGAUAUGAGAUGGUGUUUCAAGGGGAGCCCCAACACACUAAUGUGUGUUUCUGGUACAUUCCUCCAAGCCUGAGGCUUCUGCCAGAUGGAGAGGAGAAAAGACAACGACUUCAUAAGGUUGCUCCCAAGAUCAAGGCAAUGAUGAUGGAGUGUGGAACAACAAUGGUGGGCUACCAGCCUCAAGGCGAUAAGGUCAACUUCUUCAGAAUGGUUGUCUCUAAUCCGGCUGUAACCAGGUCUGACAUUGACUUCCUGAUUGAUGAGAUAGAAAGACUGGGGCAGGAUUUAUAGAGUGCACAAGGCUGGAAAUUCAGUAGAUGUUAGUAAAUUCUGUAGAAAUAUAGGAAAUGGAGAAGACGUGUGGAAGUACUGCAUGAGUUGGACAUUCCAGAGUAUUAGACCAAUGAGGUGCUCUAGAAUAAUGAACCUCUGGGAUUUCUAGAAUGUUCCACUAGGAAACUGGACAUUCUAGAAUGCAGAGGUGGUGAGCUCUUAAAGCUAUAAUUUCAUAACGAAGGAUGCGAUUUCCUCCUAUGACAUUAUAUGUCCUCUCUUCUUCCCUUCCCCCGUUCUCUUGUCUCCUGUCUAUUGUGUUCUGUCCAUUGUAACACUUUACAAUAAGGUUCCCUUUCUAGUUAACUAUAUUUGUUGACAUGAACUGACAUUGCCAAAUACUUAAUGCAUAUUUUAAUCUUUGUUAUUUUUAACAUUUACAAAUACAUCUAAAAUUAUUUAAUCGACCUGAGCUAACUUGAAUUAGCAAUGAACAGUUGUAUAUUUAUGAACAAAGGUUAACAAAGAUUAAUAAAUACUGUUGUAUUAUAACAGUAUAUUAUAUAUGCUAUAUUAAUAAAUACUACAGAUAUUUUGCUCAUUAAUUAAUGUCAAAUACUUGAUCCUGAUUGGCUGAAGAAUGUUUUAGAGUGUGCAGUUUAAUUCAGUGAAACACACAGCUAAAAUAGUUCCAAGCAGGUCUUGACUGUAUUUCAUGUCCAAAUCACAUUGCAAAAUGAUUUCAGUUAUUUCAGAAGAUCUUACAGCCUACAACAGCAAAAGAACAAAAUCACACAACAACACUGACCAAACAAAUAAAUAUAUUAAACAGUAAGAUAAAAAUGACAAACUAUUUACAUGUUUCUCCCACGCUGAAAACUGAAAAGCUGCAUGACAUACUCAGUAGUGAGAUGGUAGUGUUGCUGUUCUUGAAGCCGUUAAACUUACAGUUCUUACAUCACCACUUUGGGUGUGCAUUAUUUUCUAAUAAUUAAAGUUUCCAUUUUCAGUUAUUAUGUCAAGUGAUGAAACCUUGUUGUAGAGUGUUACCCUUGAUUUUAACAGGAAAUAUCAUACUAUACAGCACAACUGUACAUUUAAGAAAUGUUCAUGGCUCAGUUCAAGUUAAGCUCUAUGACAGUGCCUGUGAUAAAAAAACAAAAAAACAUUAGUCCCUUUGUACAAAGAAACAAAAAUUGUACUUAUAGUAUUGCUUUCUCUGUGAAAAUUUAACAGGCAAGACAUUGGAGUAGCAAUACCUCACUGUAUUAACCUGCAGUUCACAUAUUAUAAGAUAAGCACUUUAUCAAAAAACUUAGAGACUGACUUUUUUUGUUUUGUUUUGUUUUGUUUUGUUUUGUUUUGUUUUGUUUUGUUUUGUUUUGUUUUGUUUUGUUUUGCCCCAUAGACAUCCAUAGUAAAUGUAUUAAUUUAAACACAAUAUUUUUGUACAGACCGAGGGACAUAGAGCGUAACUUUUCAACUGUGAACAUUUCCUUUAAAAUCCAGAACUGGUCUGAAUUAUCAAUAAUAAUAAUAAUAAAAGUUUAAGAAUAUACUGUAAUAUACCACCAUCUAAGAGCCAUCUGGACCGUCUGUGUGAUUGCACAAAUACAUAACUUCUUAGCUGUUAUGUCAUGAAGAUCAACUGAAGUGUGUACCAUUGUACCAAGUACUGUAUUGACACGCUGUGUUUUUAGAAUUUAUGACUCUUUGUGUAAAUUGUGAUUGUUUGUGACAAACAUAUAUCACGUAGUUUUACAGUAAGAAAUGUUUGAAUAGUGGUAAAGAUAUUAUUCUCUCCAAGUAUUUUCAUUUGUAUUUUGAGAUACAAUCUUUAUCUAUAUUGUUUAAAACAGUGCAUUAGAGAUUUUAAUUCAUUUAUCAACCAAAGACAUAGAACAAAAAUGAACUCUGCUACAUUAUAUGGCCAGAAGUAUGUGAACAUCUCGUUCUAAUUAAUGUAUUUUGCUAUUCCAGUAACUCCAGUAAAGACAAAUUUCAAUGCUACACCAGUAUACCCAUCUAGAGAAGAGGUGGUGCCCAAAACAGGGUCCAUAUAUGGUUUACUAGGUCUGGUGGGGAAGACUGUGACAGUCCUGCACAAAGCCCAGACUUGAACCCCACUAAAAACAACUUUUCCAGACCCCCUCACCCAACAUCAGUGCCUUUGGCCAUAUAGUGUAUCUAACUUCGUUUAAGAAAUGAAUGUCUAUAAGAUAUCAAUAUAACAGAGCUUUUUCUAACCAUAGUGCAUUGAAUGCUGUAGCAGAGAUUUAGUCAAUGGUAUUCAUGAAUUAAUAUAAAAAAAGAACGUUAAAAAAAAAAAAGUCUCUUAACUUUUGUUAAGAGAAAAGCACAGCGACGUCAAAGCGAUGAUCCUCCAGAAAGGGGAAUGUAUUUUAUUAGCAGCUAUAUUUGUAGUAUUAGUAAUUAAGUUUAAUUUCUUCAAUAUAGACCAAACACAGUUUCACAUUCCUAAAUCAACAAACUAUGCUAAUAUUUUGUGGACGCUUUGCUUACUUCAGUCUGCACAGUAGAUGUAAAGCUAAUGAUCUCUAGCUUGAAGUGCCUGAGUGUAUACUAACUAAAAAAUGUGCAUUUUAACUGGCUUGCAGUACUGUAUGUGCAAUAUUACUGUUCACUGUUACCAGUAGAAAUAAACACUCAGCUUGAAAAAU